AUGAGCGGCGGCGGCGGCAGAGCUCCACCGACGGCGAGCGCGAGCGCGAGCGUGACGACCACCAUCACCGUUGAGAAUCCGGAUGCGUUGUCGUCAUCUUCGUCGGGAUCCACAUCUUCGCCGUUGGUUUUGCGACUGAAUCGGAAGAAGAAGCAAGUCACCUGGAAGGAGGGAACCGUCGACAACGAGUUUAUGCAGAAGAAGAGCUCCAAAAAGUGCUGCAUCUUCCACAAGGAUAAGCCGUUUGACGAAGACGAUACCGAUGAUGACGACGAUCACCACCACCACCACCACGACGAUCCUCCCUCAUCUUCUCAAAAUCACAGCAGCGUCGUCUGA